GCAGCAAUUGAGGGGAAGCGCCGUCCUAGCUUCGGCUCGGACUUAAUGGCGGAGAGGCGCAAUGAUACAUGUGGAGACUAAUAGACGACGAACGGUGAGCAGGAAAGGCUCAAAAGGCAUCAUACACAAAAAUGCUGCUGCCCUCGCUGCUGCUCUUCUCGUCGAGCCUCCUUGGUCAGGCGUCAGGCUCGGCUUCGGGCCGUGUCGUGCGCCGCCAUCUGUCGUCGCUGAGAGAUUCGUACGACUAUGUCAUCGUCGGCGGCGGCACCAGUGGGCUCGUGCUGGCCAAUCGGCUGACCGAGGACCCGGCCAAGACGGUGCUCGUGAUCGAGUACGGCGACUUUGAGCGCGGGCCCGAGGUGACGGUGCCGUUCUUGACCACGGGCUCGCAGGCGGCGCGCCUUUACAAUGUCACGUCGGCGCCCCAGCCAGGCUUGGGCGGCCGCUCAUUCCCGCUACGAAUCGGUGUGGCCGUGGGCGGCAGUUCCACCGUCAACGGCAUGGCUUGGGACAGGGGAUCUGCGCCCGACUACGACGCAUGGGAGGCACUCGGGAACGUCGGCUGGGGGUGGGACGGCCUGCUGCCCUUCUUUCGAAAGUCGUCGCGAUUCACGCCGCCCGCCAAAGAGUAUGUCGACCAAUACGGCUACGAGUGGCAGUCCGAGGCGUACGGAGAUGGCGACGGCGUCCAUGUGACGUUCCCGCCCUGGCAAUGGCCGGCUGUCACGGCUCUCGCCGACGCGUGGAAAAACGACCUCGAGGUACCGGCGCUCAAGGACGGUGCAGACGGCAACAACGUGGGUCUCGCCUGGCUUCCCCAGAAUAACGAUGCCCAGAACUCCACCCGUUCCACGUCGACGACGGCGUACUACGACCCGGUUAGCGGCCGUCCGAAUCUGGAGCUGUUGGUACGGCAUUACGGCGGCCGCGUCGUGUUCGACAAGACCAACAAGGUCGCCGGAGUCGAGGUCGUCAGCCGCCAGGACAAGACGAAGCGCUUGGUAGGGGCCGGGGAGGUUAUCCUGGCGGCGGGGGCGGUCAACACGCCGCGUAUCCUGCAGCUCAGUGGCCUCGGCCCGGCGGCGCUGCUCAACAGGCUCGGCAUCGAGGUGGUGGUCGACCUGCCUGGUGUCGGGGCCAAUUUCCAGGACCACCCAGCCAUUUACAUGGCCUACGACUUCCUCCGCGACCCGCACCCGAGCCCGCAAGACAUGCAGGACAACCAGACAUUUAUCGACGAGGCCUGGAGGGCGUACAACACCAGCAGGACCGGCCCACUCACCCAUGCUUGGGGCAAUCGCGUCGUGUUCCAGAACCUCAAGGACCUGCUGCCCGAAACACACGAGGCUGUCGCGGCGGGGGUCGAGGAGCAGGACGCGCUCGCACACCUGCCGGCGCUGUACGCAUCCAGCCCGGCCCUCCUGGCCGGCUUCUUGGCCCAGCGUGCUGCAAUGAGCAAAGGUUUCGCAGACCAGCGAUAUGGCGUGCUCGAGGUUGCCUUUGGCGGGUCUGAGACGGUGGUGCUAGCGUUACAGAAGCCGCUGUCGAGGGGCACAGUCACCAUAAACUCGACAGACCCCGACCCGUCUGUGCCACCCGUCGUCGACUUUGGCAGUCUCUCGAACCCGGUAGAUGCCGCCAUCCUGGUGGCAGCUGUGGCGCGGGCGCGCCAGUUCAUGGCUGCACCUUCGGUUGUCAACGCACUGAACGCUACAGAGCUGUUUCCGGGCGCGGCGGUCGAGGGCGACGCCCAGGUAGAGGCGGCCAUCCGGGCGAACCUAGGGAACCCCAGCCUUGACCACCCUGUGGGGACGGCCGCCAUGAUGGCUCGCGAGCUGGGCGGCGUGGUUGACCCGACGAGCAUGAGCGUGUACGGGGUCAAGGGGCUGCGUGUGGUGGAUGGGAGCGUGAUGCCGCUGCUCCCGGCGGCUCACACGCAGGCAACAGUCUACGCCGUGGCCGAAAAGGCGGCCCAGCUGAUCUGUGGCGAAGCCGCCCGUGUCACGUCAUGAUCUAGCUUGAAAGGGAGGAGGCAUUCAGAGGAUAGGAGCCACCAGGGCAAGAAAACCUUGUGAUUUAAUGAUGGCCCCGGCGGCCCGAACGGGACGGGUAUCUUUCGCGACCCCACCACAAUGAAUAAGUCGAGUAGUCCCUGACGGGGCUGAUGCCUAGCUGAUCAGCCACAUUGACGUAGCCGUUCCGGUUUAGCGGGCCGUCUUUCUUCAGG